AUGACAGCCGGGACAGUGGUCAUCACUGGUGGAAUUCUUGCUACGGUUAUAUUACUCCUUAUCAUCGCAGUACUGUGCUACUGCAGGCUGCAGUAUUAUUGCUGUAAGAAGGAAGAGUCGGAGUCGGAGGAGGAGGAGCCCGACUUUGCCGUUACGUCCCGCCUACCGCCGGUCCACUCCAAUCAUAACAUUGUGGCGGCGACGGCCGCCGCCUCCUCCAUCCCCAAUGGCCCCGCCCUGUUCCCCACCCCUCCGCUGGCAAGGAAACUGACUCGCUCACAGACCUUCUGUCCAUCCUGUACACACUAUGAGAUGCCUUUCUACCUCCAGCCCCCUCAGCCACAGAUCCACCACCAACCAGAUGGGUUGAGGAACGGAGGCGACCGGAUCAGCUAUCGCAGCGUCCAGCAGCAGGAGCUGGACCUGCCAGUGCCUGUGAACAUUUCAAACUAUCGCAAACCAAACCUCGCCCGGUCUGUUACCAUGAGGGACAUGUUCGCACGCAGCUGCAGCAUCAGCACUGAUGUGUAG